AGCGUCAGAGUCUCUUGUGGUGGAAAAUGCAAAUGCAAUUAAAACGCCUGAAGUGUCGGAAGCAAUUGCUGAGCCACAGGCAGAGCUGAGCCCAGAGGAGCUGCAAACCGAAACAGUCACCGAACAGAACAGUGAGGCAGUGUUGCCCCAGGCCAUUGCUAAUGAUGAAGUGUCGCAGGUGGAUGCAGAUGCAGAUGCAGAUGCAGAUGUGGAUCCGCAGCCAGAGCAGCUGCCAAUUAAGACACCCGAAGAUAUUGAGCCGGAAGCGAGCGAAGCUCUGACAGAGAUCACUCCAUCAUUGAGCGAAGUGGAAAGCGAACUGCAAGACGAAACUGUCACAGAGCGCAGUGAAAGUGCCGAGGAGCCGAUGGAGAGCCAUAAAGAUGAAACGGAAACCAUUAAAACUGAGAAUGAUAACAUCAUUCAAGGUGCCGAGCCGAAUGCGGAGCAGGAAGCCAAGCCAGAGGGGGAACCAGAGCAGCAGGAGGAGGAGCUGAGCAAGCCAGAGCUGGACUACACCAGCAUCGAGCACCUGCAAGAGCUGCCCAAAGAGCAGCAGGAGGAGGAUGAAGACAAGCCCGUUGCCACUGCAGAGGAGGAUUACAAUCAAGCUGAGACGGAGACCGAAACCACACCCGCACAGCUAGCAUCCAACGAUGAUGACAAUGAAGAUGAGGAAGAAGCCACCGUCGAGUCCACUGUGGCGCCACAGAUCAGUGCCAUUGUCAGCGAGGAGCAGGACCCGGAGCAGUUCCAUGAAAGCGAGAGCAUUGCCGACAUUCUCAGCGACCUGAUGCUGGAGGGAGACAGCACCGUGCCGCCCGUGCCCUUCGGCCAGCAGCCUGCCCAAACCGUGCCCAUGGUGGAGGCCAACGAGGACAACGAGGAGGAGACAGCUGUAUCCGAUCUUCUGGCAGAGGCUGACGAAACACACGACGAGGAGCACGUGGAGCAGGUGCAAGCGCCAGCAGAGUCAGAGCAGGAGCAGAUUCCAGCCAUUCCAGAUCUCUUUGCGGAGGCGGCAAACGAUGAAGAGGAGCAGGAGGAGCAGACAGACCAGACGACGGCCGUUCCCACAGCAGAGGAAGCUGAAGAAUCCACCACGGAUGCCAAGGAUGAGGAGAAACUAAUCACCUUCUACCCAGAGGAACAACAGGAAACCGAAUCGAUACCAGAGGAAGCCACCACACUAAAGGAACCCCUCGAGCAGCAGCAGGAGCAGGAGGCCACCCUAUCCCCCGAGGAACUGCCCUUCGAUCUCAGCGAUCACUCUCAGCCCAUUCGCAUCAACGAACUCGAGUCGGACAACCUCAUAGUGGAGUCCACCACCAGCUUCGAUGGCAUCCAUGAGCUGGACAGCAACCACAUCGAGGAGCAGCCUGCCGCACAUGCCAGCGCCCAUGAGGAGGCCACACCCAAUCCCGCCGACAUUGUGGAGAUCACCACGCAGACCAUGUUGGGUCUGGCCAGCCGUGUGACGCUCAUGGAACCCGCUGCACCAGUGGCCACCACGCUGAUGCCGCUGAUGACCCCGGAUGAGCCCACGCCGGAGCCAGUGGUGCCGUCCUUCGCCUCUUCGCAGUUCAAUCUUGCCUCGGAGCUGCGCAAGCGCGUGGAUCUCGGCCUGGAGGCCAUCUCCCUGGGCCUGGCCUGCAGCAGCGAUCGCCAGUGCCAGCUGUCGGAUCCCCAUACGGUGUGCAAUGCACGCGGAGUCUGCGACUGUGCAGGCAGCAGCGAGCAAGCUGAGGGUCAGUGCAGUGCACAGAGCACAGGCUGCAGUCCGGGCACCUUUCAGUGCCGCUCCAGUGGCGUUUGCAUCUCAUGGUUCUUUGUGUGCGAUGGACGCGCUGACUGCAACGAUGACUCCGAUGAGGAGUGCACCCACAAUGCGCGACUGAACCAGACCUGUCCCACGGAAUCGUUCCGCUGCCAGCGCAGCGGUCGCUGCAUCUCCCGCGCUGCCCUCUGCGACGGACGGAAGCAGUGUCCCCAUGGCGAGGAUGAGCUGGGCUGCGAUGGCAGCUUCAAGGGCGGCAACGCCUGUCCCGAGCACACGUUCCGCUGCAAGAGCGGCGAGUGCCUGCCGGAGUACGAGUACUGCAAUGCCAUUGUGUCCUGCAAGGAUGGCAGCGACGAGCCGCCGCAUCUGUGCGGCUCACGCUCCGUGCCCAGUCUCUUUAUGCGACUCUUCGAUGCGGGUGGCCUGCUGGGCGGUGGACGACGCGACUCCGCCGAUGCCUACUGUCCGCAUCGUUGCAGCAACGGACUGUGCCGCUCCACGGCCAUUGUGUGCUCCGGACGCGACGGAUGCGGAGAUGGCACUGACGAGCAGACCUGUGCCGUGUGUCGUUGUCCCGCCCCAACUGCGGCCAGCCUGCCCGGCUAUCUUGCCCGGCAACGCCCCAUGCCGCUGUGGUAGAAAGGAGAGAGAGGAAUAUAUAGGGAUCCGAAACCAAUUAUUCAACACCGACUGCAACGUUUUGCCACACUAUUACUCAAGCUUUCCAACACUAACUGUCGCUUUAUCGAACUCUAUUCCCCCCCCCCCCCCUGCAUAUUCGAGACACAUUUUUGACUAGCAUUUAAGGUUGAUAUUUUAACGAAAAAUUAUUUAUUUAUUUAUUUAUGAUUUUAGCUGCGCCCCUUGCCACGCCCAAUUGACCCCUUGCUAUCAAAGGGGCUGACCCUUUGAGCCAGUGAUGUUUGUCAAUUGAGCUAAUGGACGCAACCCUAAAAAAAAGACACAUCCACACACACACACACACACACACACAUCCCACUUCGAUUAUUUAUUCUACUCAUCCCUGUGCCCCAACCAUUAAACUAUUUAUUUAUCCUUCAUGCCCACAACCCCCAAAAGAGCAACAACACUACACGAAACACGAUACCACACAAACAAUCUUCAUUUAGUUUAGUUUUAUGCAAAUUUUCUAAUCUAAUUUAUUUAAAUUAUUGGCCCGGCAAAACCCACAAAACGGAAACGAAAAGCGAAAAUUGAUGCAUUUUUAUUGAUUAAUUAUUUGUAAAUAAGUAAACGAGAUCGUUCGAUGAUAAAGAUCAGUUUUUAACUAUUAUUCAUUCCCCCUAUAACUUAUUCCAUGUAUUUGUAUGUAUUGUAUGUAUUUAGGGUACACACACACACACAGACGCAGCUUCAAAGUUUUCUCAAAGUCACAGCCAAGUUAUCAGAAUAAACAUCAAAUCCAUUGCAGCAGGGCGAAAAAUGCAUCAACAAAAGAAAUGACAAUAAAA